AUGGCGGCAUCUUCCUCACCACGGUCUAUGACCACAGGCAUCCUGGUUGAGUAUUACCUGCUCACAGCUAUCGCCCUCAUCCUCGUCAUCGCACGAGUAUGGAUGCGAAUGGCUAUCACAGGUCGCAACUGGGGAUGGGACGACUAUACGAUUGUGAUUGCUUGGCUAUGCUCUGUCGUCGGCCUUGUCCUAAUCCAACUCGCCGCAAACCUGGGCUCAAAUCCCCUGCAUCCCACCCCAUCCGACCCUGGUAGGCUACGAAAUAUCAGAUACAACACAUUCUUCGAGAUGGCGAGUAUUGUUUGUACGCUCGUCACGAAGUUUUCUAUCUGCUGUUACAUCCUUCGUAUUCGAGAUGAUCGGCAAAUCCGCUGGGCGCUGGUUAUCCUGAUGAUUCCUAUGACCUUGAUCACUAUCGCAAUCAUCAUUGUCUUGUCGAUGUCCUGCACGCCACUUUGGAGCGAUAGUAUUCCCCCCGUAUGCGUGCCGGUUACCGGCAUGUAUACCGCCGCCUACGCGCAAUCCGCGUUGACCAUUGUGGUCGAUCUCUGCUUGACCUCAGCGCCGGCUAUUAUUCUCUGGGGAAUCCGAAUCCAGCGGGGGAGGAAGGUCUUCAUUUGUGGCCUCAUGAGCCUGGGCCUCAUCGCCACCAUCUCCAACGCGCUGCGCUCCUAUUGGCAGCAUUACCAGAGUAGUCGAGGCCUGUCCUUUAAUAUGACGUGGCUCACGGUGUUUUGCAUUGUGGAGCAAUCUGCUGGGAUCAUUGCCGCCUGCAUUCCGGCCUGUGUUCCGAUCUUCAAGAGGAGGACAGUCUCGGAUGACCGCCGCAAUGGACUGCUGAGAGACAGGCAGAAUUACUACGACCUCUCGAAUCAGUAUAGUGGCCAGAAAAAGUCUUCGACUCAGGUGUCUUCCAUGACGACAGCGGCUGGGGAAGAGUAG